AUGACACCGACCAAGUCCAGGGGAGCGCAGGCAGCUCCGCGUGGCUCCUGGUCUAGCUGGUUACAACCUCGGGAAAAUGUCGCUCAGCGUGCAGAGCGAGUCGCACAGCUGGUCUCGGACGCGGGUCAAAUGGAUGUGGUUGCUCGAUUCGACGCCCUCGGGGAGCUUGUGGAACUGGUGCUGUCGACAGAGCCGCGAGAACGAGAACUAAGCCGCACCGCUUUCCUGGAAAACGAGUGCUGGGCGGCCAUUCUGGAGCUUGCUGUUCAGCCAGCCGGCGAUGCGAAGCAGCAAGCGCUCCGUGUCAAAGCUUUACAGACUGCAGCGAUGCUUUUAUGGAAUAUCCACGACCCGCUUCUGUUGGCGUACCUGCUGGCGCACGACGCACUACGUCAGGUCGUUCUGGCAGCACCGCUUUUCCAAGAGACGGAAGCUACUCAUUCUGCCACAGGAAAAGAGGCUGACGUGGAUUCGGACCUCCUUCCGAGCUAUCUCUCUCUCCUGCGCACAGUCUGCUUGCGCCUGGACAUUGCCUCUUUGCCCUUGGUCUUUCGCGAAGAGGAUAACACUUUCCCGCUCCUGAAUGCUGCUACACAGUUUCUGGACAACGACGAUCGUCUGGUGCGUGCGGCAGCAUAUGGUAUGAUCUUGGGACUCGUCCGCUUAAGCGCAGAUGCACCGACACUCGAUCGCUUUCUAUCGCGAGAGAUGGAGCAAAAAAAUAGUUUUUCUAGGCGUUAUAUCGCCAAUCUGGGACAAGCUGCAAUCGCGGCAGUCUCCGUCAACGGGGAUCAAGCGAGAGCAGCCGCCGAGCUCCAGGACGUCUACGAGUUCUUGGGUGAACUGGCGAACCAGGCUGGUCCUUUCGUGCAGCUGACGCUCUUGAACCUGUUGCGCAGCGAUUUUCUGACUCCGGUGCUCGUCGCAGCAGCGAAUGGUGAUCGCUCGGAUCUAACGCUAUCGGACGCAGUCCAACUUUUCAUUUUCUUUCUGGAACGUGGGCACUCAGCCUUGGUAUGCUCUGAAUGCUGCGCCACUCUCGUACGUAGCGAGCGUUAUACAGCGCUGUUAUCUCGUUUCGUCAAAGCAAGUGCUUCGAACGCUGAUCGAAUUGCUGACCACGUUCGUUUACGAUGCUUGACGGCAUAUGCGGCGAGCGUUCCCGUUUGCAUAGCGGCUCGUGAGGCGCUCAUCAACCGCUUGGAAGCGGUGCCCCAAGGCGAACUCUGGAUCCAGCUAGACCCGGGGAGAUCGUUCUGGGGAUCGGUGUUCGAUGAGAAAACCAACGGUGCGGGUGGUAUAGCAACCACUCUUGAAAUGGUUUUAUUGAGGCUUGUCCUUGCAGUUGACGACCCCGAACAGCACACGCAAAUCGAUGCGUCCAUUGUCCAGCUCUACCGAGAACGCAUCGGGGAUAUCCAGCUCAGCCUGGAGCAGAACCCAGCCUACGCGAAUGAUCUGGGACGCCUGCUUGCUCACGCGGAGGACCGCCAGCGCCUGUGCAAUGAUCUUCUCCAACACAUCAGGGAUCGUUAUCGAUCGAGAUUCGGGUCGGUGACGCCCUCUGAAGCGAACACCCUGAACGAGAACGCGCUCGACAGCGUGCAGCGUCGAGAGCAUGUGAUCGCGGACGCAAGUCUCUGGAUGCUAGCGCAUGCUGUAGCUGCUCAAGCGCCGCGUAGACAGACUGGAACCCCAUCCCGACCGGCUGAUUCGUCGGAGACAAGCGCUGCAUACAAACGGGUGACCUGUUUUCUGGGGUAUCUCGAGGCAACGCUCGACAGCGAUACCUACUCGGACGUGGACGCCGUCCUGCUGCCCCUUUACAAGUGCGAUCUGGCGCGUUCGGAUCCGAGCCGCUGGUCAACACAGUCGGCGGAGACGAUGACCUUGGCGCUAGCCCAGACGGAUGUUUUUAACUGUUCACUGGAGGGCAGGCGUGUCCUGUGCGCGGCCGACGAGAACGAGAGCAAAAUGCUCAUCGUAGGGGAGGUGCUGGAAGGUGGCGGCUUCCAGCCCCUACUUGGUCUUCCACUCGAAUACAUUCUGGAGUUAACCGAGCCCGAGCCGACAACGUCUGCUACCAAUGAGGGCUGGUGUGUGCUCAUUCAGCGCUCGGAUGUUACGCAGGUGCUGGACCUUGUAUUCGAGAGCGAGAGCACGGCACGGGACUUUGUCGCCCAUGUGAGCAAACUGUUUCCGCAGGUGGCGGCGUGGCGUGCCGCGUGCUUACGGGACGCGCUGCUUCUACCGCACUCGCGAACGUCAUUGUAA